CAGUUAAACAGCAGUAAACACACGGAAGAACAGCAGCAGCAGCAGCACUAGGUUCGUGUAGCAACACAAGCACCCAAACUCAGACGGAGCGUCUCUGAUCAAAUACACCUAAAGCCUAAAGCAUCCUGUCUUCCAGGAUCAGGCCCGGAAACACCCGAUCCAGCCCAGAAAUCAGUGCAGUCUGUUUGCUUUGAUAAGAUUUGUCCUGGUUUCUGUCAGCGGCGCAUCUGAUGUCGAUCCAGAGCGGCUGCGUGGGGUUACAGAGGAAGACGAGGGAGGAUGAAGGUUGAAGCAGUUCAUAAAAUGAUACAACCAAAGGAGGAAUAUGAAGAUCUCAUUGAGCCUUAUGGAGUGAAAACUGAAGAAUUUCUCACCAUAAUUCAAAAAGAAGAAGAUGAGGAAGAAGAAGAAGAAAAGGGAGUAGGAUCGGCGCACAAGCGUCAUUACUGCUCCGAGUGUGGGAAGAGCUUCAGCGUGGGCGCGCGCUUCAGACGACACAUGCGGAUUCACACCGGAGACAAGCCCUACCGCUGCUCACACUGCCACAUGUGCUUCACGUCUCAGGAGAACCUGUCCGAACACACGCAGAAACACUCCGGACAGAGACCCUACCGCUGCUCGCGGUGCGGCAAGGGCUUUUUCCGACCGGGAAGACUUGAAAUCCACUGGAGGAUCCACACCGGAGAGAAGCCCCAUCGUUGUGCUCAGUGUGAGAAGAGCUUCAAGAGCGCAGAGGAGCUGCGGCGGCACGCGCUCGUACACACGGCCGAGAGGCAGCACCGCUGCUGUCAGUGCGAGAGGAGCUUCAGGAGGAGCGGCCAGCUGCUCAGACACAUGCGCACGCACACCGGCGAGAGACCCUACGGCUGUGCGCUGUGUGACAGACGCUUCUCACGGCCUGAACACCUCAGGGGCCAUCAGCUCAGACUCCACCCAGACCGGACGCACAACCCCGCUGCGUCUCCGGCAGACAAAACGCAUACGUGAGCCACGACUUCAUUUCCAUUUGGCCUUGCUGUAAAACUCUGGGUGUAUGAGAAGAGUUUUCUAUGAGAACAUUACAAAUCUAUCACAAACUCUGAACUGCGAAACUACUUUUUUUUUCCGGUUACACUUUAUUUUAAGGUGUUACUAUACAUUUAAGUACUGAGUAAUAUUAAUUAACUACAUGUACUUACUAUGUGGGUUUGGCUUAGGGGUACUUGCAUGUAAUUAGGCAUAAUUAAUAGUUAUUAGAAUAGUUAGUACAUGCAAUAUGCGUAACAAGGACACCCUAAAAUAAUUAUUUUCUUUUGUAUUUAAGCAGGUGUAACUCCACAAGUGAGAAAAAGAGAUUCAUCUGAUUUGGGUUAUCUAAUGGUAUCAUAAAUGACUGCUUUUUGCAUUAUAGAAACAGGAUUAUUUUUAUUUUGAUAAAUAAUGAUUUUUUUUUUUUAUUCACUGGCAUGAAUAAAAAUACUUUUAUUUUGAAAUUGCAUGUGUAAGUGUGUGUUACAACCCUCAUGUUUUUGAACAAAAAGUAAAGAAAAAAACUAUUGUGUGGCAAGAAAACGAGGUUUAAAGAAUUUUAAUUUUAGAAGUAGCUUUAGUAUUUACCAAAAAAUAAAUAAAUAAAUAAAUAAUAACUGCAGCUGAAUGUAAUAUUUUGGACCCUUAAUUGCAUAUUAAUUGCAAUUAAAUGUAUUAUAGUUUUAAUUAAAACUAAAAUUUAUAUUAAAUACAUUUUAUAAAAUUAUAAAAUUAAAAACUAUAUUACAGUUUUUGACCCACUUAAGUAAGACUUCAUGACAUCUUUUUUAUAUUACUGAUAUUACAUAAUAUUGUCUUUGAAAUGUGGUUAAAAGUGUUACUUCUGAUUGUACUGACAAGCAUUGUUCAUGUUAAAGUUCUUUAUUAGUGAAUUAAUGUUAUUCCUGUUGAAAUUGGAAUGUAUGCCAUGUAUUAAUGACGCAUCUGUAAUGAUGAAGUUGCAAUUGUAAUAUGAAAUAACACUACAGUUAAAAUUGUAAUCAGGACAUGUGCUUUAGUAUGUUAGUCAACAUAUCAAAAAAGUGUACUCUUCUAAAGCGUGACAAAAGUGUAUUCCAAUAUAAUGAUUUACUGUAAAAUGUACUCAUUUGCAGUGUUGGGAAGAGUUACGUUUAAAAGUAUUACGUUACAAAAUUGAGUUACUCCCCUAAAAAGUAACUAAUUACAUUACUUAGUUACUUUUUAUGGAAAGUAAUGUGUUCGUGUUCGUGUUAGGGUUCUAUUUUUGUAUAAUGUUUUGUAUAAUUCUGGAAGUGUAAAUGUCCUUUCACGCCAAAAGCCUCAGGCUGAAGGAAAAGUAAAUUCACGUCUGUACUAGUUACUUGAAAAAGUAAUCUGAUUAUGUCACUUGAGUUAUUUGUCAUACGUUUCCCCCAACACUGCUCAUCUGUGCACUUUUCAAAAGCUCAUUUAAGUGUGUUUAAAGUCAUCUCUUUAAGCACACUUAAGUGCCUUUAUUUCAUUAAUCUUAUAUUAUGUGCGAGUACAGUUUUUAAAAAUAUUAAUUUGUCUGAUGUUCACAACAAGUCCACAUUCAGUACUACUUGUGAGAACCGUACCAAAGAGAAUUUAACACUCCAGAUAUUGUUACUAAUUAGGGAAAUUGAAAAAGUAAUGUAAAUUACAUUUUAACUGUAUCACAAAAAAAAAAAAAAAAUGAUAUCAUUGUCUGUAUAACUGUGACCCUGGAGCACAAAACCCGUCUUAAGUAGCACGGGUUCAUUUGUAGCAAAAGCCAAAAAUACACUGUAUGGGUCAAAAUGAUACAUUUUUCCUUUAUGGCAAAAAUCAUUAGGAUAUUAAGUAAAGAUCAUGUUCCAUCAAGACAUUUUCUAAAAAAUCCUACCAUGUAUAUAUAUAUAUACAGAGUUAGGGAAAGUUACUUUUAAAAGUAAUGCAUUACAGUUUUGCGUUACUCCCUUAAAAAGUAACUAAUUACAUUACUUAGUUACUUUUUAUAGAAAGUAAUGUGUUACGUUACUUUUGUGUUACUUUUUACAUCUGGGCAGGACUUGCUUCUUUGUUUUUAAUAUAAAACAAUUCUGUAAAAAGCCCUUUUACAGAUGAAUUCACCUCAGACUGAAAGAAAAGUACAAUUUUGCAGGAGAUCACUCUUCAGCUAAAAAAUGAAGCACAAAUGUUAGUUUAUCUAAAGUAAUAUUUGCUAACAUUAGUAUGGUUGAAUUGUAUCAUCGAAAGUCAGCUGCAAAGACACUGGUUAAUAAAAUGGGAUUAAAUACAUAAAGGAUAUUUGUUUUAUUUAACAUAUUUAAUUAUUGCAGGGUUGCCUCAUAUUCUUAUUUUUUAUUCAUUUUGAGGAACUGAAUCUGUUUUUUUGUGAGUGAGAUCAAUUAAUGAUGUUCACAUUUAGUCUAGAAUACAGUAACAUCUCCCCAAUUUCCCCA